UUCAAAAGUAUAAAAAUAUUGCUAUCGUUAUAUAGAUCAAAAGACACGAUAGUGUAUUGUGUUAAGCCACAAGGCAUGCGAAUAUAAUAUACAGAAAAGAGAAACCUGCUGUUUUAAGAUUUUGAGUGCAGAAAGUGUAAUAGUGUAGUUACAUUGAACAGACAUUUUGAAGCAGAGUCAGUAGCGAAAAUUCUGGAAAAUUCUGUGUGAUAUAUAUUCUAUUGUACCGGUAUAUAUUUCGCAUUUAAUCUCAGGGCGUCAGUUCGAGAACAUCAAUUGCGUUUUAGUGUUGUAUGUGUAAAGCACGCGACACAUCGUGAACAUUCUGCGAGAUUUGUGAAUUAAAUCAAUAAUGUCGAAAACGGACGAAGUGAAAUUGGACAUUGAGGAACUGAACAGCUUACUCGAACAAGCUCAUAGGCAACGAACCAAAGAUGUGUUGACACUGGAAAUCAGAAGACUACAGACAGAAUUGGCGAGGUUACUUGAAGAGAGCAAAGGUGCAGUCAAACCAACAACUCCCUUGCUUAAUGGUCCCCAAAAAUGUUAUGAAGUAAAAUUGAACAAUUAUGGGUGGGACCAGACACUUUCAACAGUGAAAAUCUAUAUAACGUUGAAGGAUGUUCAUCAGUUGCCCAGGGAUGCCAUUAUCUGCAACUUUACAGAUAAAUCUUUGGAUCUGCGAGUACUUGGUUUGGAUAACAAAAAUUAUAACUUAACAAUCAACAAUUUGUGUGCCGAGAUCGACAUCGAGAAGAGCAGUUUUAAAGUAAAGACCGAUAUGAUUGUUAUGUUACUCGCGAAAAAAGUUGCCAAAGACUGGUCUCAUAUCACAUUAGUGGAGAAGAGAAUCAAAGAUGCGAAAUCGUCUUCUGUGCCGGAAUUAGGUGAGGACAGCGAUCCCGGCGCUAGUUUAAUGAAUCUCAUGAAGAAGAUGUAUCAGGAUGGUGACGACGAGAUGAAGAAAACAAUAGCGAAGGCAUGGACUGAGAGUCAAGAGAAACAGAGAAGUGGUAUAAUGGACUUGUAAUUCCAGUAUCGAUCUACGAGAUUUCGUAGAUCUAAUUUAGGUAAUGUGCUUGGUUUUUUUUUUUAUGUUUGAUAUACAUCAAAUGUAACAUACAUUCUAUACUACUUAUAAAAAGUAUAAAAAUAUAAAAGAGAAUACGUUACACAUAUUUAUUCUUUCUCUAUAAAGAAACUAAAUAAAGUAAUAGUAUUGCUAUAAUGACAAAUUAUCGGCCUUAACACUUUUUUUUUUGUACUCUUAAUUUUAAAAUUGAAAAAAAUAACAUAAGAAUCUAGACAUUUAAUUUGUGCAAGUAUUCAACUGUUAAAAUUUAUAUUUGAAUAUUUAAUAUAUUAAAAUUUUAAUUUUUUUUGGCUCUUUAAAUUGUUUUAUAUUAUUUCAUUAUUAUUAUCAUUUUAAUGUUGCAUUUAGUAAUAAUUAUAUCACUGAUACUGCAAUAUUGGGAAAGAUUCAUUGUAUGUGUGCUGCUACUAUUUCCAUUUUUAUCUUUGCCAUUUUAUCUUUGUAUGUUUGCCAUUGAAGAGAUGAAUAAUAUACUCUUAACUAAAAUCAAGUAUCUUUAUUUAUCUGCUCUUGCAUUUUGCAAACCGUUUCUUAAUUUACAUUGCAAUUAUUUAUAUAAUUGAUAUAAUGUACACAAAAUAAUCAAUAAACUUGAUUAGUGUGGCUCUUGUUUUACAGAUAAAUAAAAAAUGCAUAUGAUAUAGAUUAAAAUUUUUUUAAAUGCAAAUGUAUCAAUUGCAUUGAUUGAUUAUUUCGUGGAAGAACAUAAAAUAAUAUGUAAAGGUAGCAUGACUUAUUAUUUCUUAUUCUAAAGAGUUUUAUACUUGAUGUAUUUGUCAUGAUAUAAAAUUAAUUGAUCGAUUAAAGCGAAUAUUAAAUAUAAUAACAACACAAACGAGGUUCAACGAAUUAUAUAUCUAUAAUUCUAUCUAUAUUGAAGUAAGAAUGGAAUGAUGUAUUAGUUAUAUAAAUUAUCAUGUGACACAAUUGUUCUUUGCACAUUGCCAUCGAGAUGAUAAAUGACUUUGAUGUACAGAUAUUCUUGUUAAAUAAAACAUUGUUCAAAGAUA